ACGUAUUUCUUAUGGAAGAAAUCAGUUUCAGUGCCUUGAAUUGCGUUUAGAAUUUAUUUGUGAGGUAGUUUUAGUUGUUCGUUCCGUUUUUUGAGAGAUUAUAUCUGGCUGUGUAUUUCAUGUAGUUUGUAGUGAUCAACGUCAAAGCUUUAAUGUCGUUAAGACAAGAAAAGUGUCCGAAUUUGUGGUUAUGCUUGACAAUAUAAUAAAGUAAGCCGGCGAAAUCAUUAUUUGUGCAUAAAAGAUCGAAAAUGUUAAGCAAAUACGCUUCAAGUCUGGUGAGUGAUGUGAAAGAACGUUAUUUAGAAAAAAUUAAGGUUAUUGAUUACUGCGAUUCUUAUUUAUUGGAAAAACGAGAUUUCCGUGUAAACUUGAGAGAUGUACCCGAAGUUCAGUUGAUAGAUAUUAUCAACUAUUUCGUUUUAACUCACAGCUUUUGCACGCGUGAACAAUUAAAAGCUUAUAAAAAUUUAGAAGCUUUCAAAUUUUACCAAGCUGGAUUUAUGGUAAAAUUAGAAUGUGCCACAAGGAAGGAGAAGUUUGUUGUGGUUGACGAGGUAAAACACUCGCAGCGAUUCAAUGAAGAAAAAUUGUCUCCAUAGAUUAUUUUCAGUGCAGACGGAUCUAUUUUAAGUUCCCACUGUACUUGCAUCGCCGGUCUUGGAGAAGUCUGCAGCCAUUCGGCAGCAAUAGAUUUUUUUACAUUUUUGGUCUCCAUCUAGUGGAGUUUCGUGCACGGAUAAGCUAGCUGCAUGGCCUGUACCUUCUCUGUUAAGAACUGAGUCCAAAGAAGAUUUCAGAAAUCAAUUGGGGAAGAAAGAUGAAAUCUUUUGGUGAUAACAAAGUGAAGAAUGUUCUGCCAUUGAAGGACGAAACUUUAAAUGCUUUCUUGAGUAAACUCAAUUCUCAUAAUCUCGGUGCAGCUAUCUUGAAAGUCAUGCAGCCUUUUGCAGCGGAUCGAGUCACUCCAGUUGUAGAUAAUUUACUGAAGCUUGUAUCAUUGCUAUACAAUGAAGACUACGAAGCAUAUUACUUAGAAAUGUUAAGAAAGGUCCCUGUUGACUUAUCAAUCACACAGGAACAACAGCGAGCUGUCAUAGAAAAAACCUUAGCCCAGAGUAAGAUUUUAUAUUUGUUUUCAAUUAAAGCUGGGAGGAUUACUGCAUCCAAAUUUAAUGCUGCAUGCCAUACUUUCCCUCUUUGUCUCUUAUUAAGGGAAUAUGUUAUCCUCGGUCAGUUUUGUUCAAGAAUAAAUCAGUUCAGUACGGUCUAGAGCAUGAAGAUAUUGCCAGAAAAGAAUAUGAAGAAUAUAUCACGAAAAAGCACACCAACUUCGUAAUGGAAACUACAGGAUUUAUCAUAUCUCUUGAUGAUCCUGCAUUCGGUGCAUCACCUGAUGGUUUAGUUUGUUAUGAAUGCUGAGGACCAGGCUGCCUAGAAAUUAAAUGCCCUGAUUCGAUGUUGGAUACAAAGAUGGAUUUGACAUCGUCUGCUAAAUAGAAAACUAGUUGUCUCCUGUUAAAAGAUAACGUUACAUUUUCGUUGGAUAGAAACCACGAAUAUUAUUAUAAGAUGAUGUUGCGAAUGUACAUAACCAAAAGAAGUUCCUGUGAUUUUGUGAUAUGGUCUACCAGGCAGAAGUUAAUUGAAAGAACUUAUUUUGAUUAAAAUUUCUGAAAAGCAAAUAUUUCUAAGGCUAAGUUACUGCAUCUGAAUGCCAUUCCACCAGAACUUCUAGGAAGAUGGUACACAAACUUGCGGGAUUUGGACCAGUUGGAGACAGAAAUGUGGUGUGAUUGCGGUGAGCCUGACAAUGGACGCGCAUUUCUGCAAUGUGCUAACCAAGAGUGCCCUAUUCAAUGAUUUCAUUUAGAAUGUAUAGGUUUAACACAGAUUCCUAAUUGCUAUUUUUAUUGGUUCUGCGAUGCUUGCAACAGCUUAGUUCAAAAUGCAGAAUUGCAUUUACAAAUGUAACUAUAGCUACGGUAAAGGAAAUAAUUUCCGAAAAAAUCGUAAACCUUAAAUUUCAUCAUCCUUUUCCCAUGGAUGAAAAUUAAAAACUUUGUUACCCGAACAGAAAAUGUAUCCAACUUUAACAUCUGUAUGUAUUUUUAUACCUGAAAUUAAAACUUGAGAUAAAAAUGCCAAAAAAUAAAGUAAAUGCGUUAAAAACACAAUUUCGCGAGGUGCAUUCCCCAAUGGCUCGAAUGCUAUAGACUGAUUAGUCGAGGGUAUGGACGCCAAUGGUAGCCUAAUCAAAAAUUCAAAUAAAGGACAAAUUUACUUGAUUACUAGAUAAAAUUGUAGAAUUAAGUUUAGUAAAUGACACGUAAUAUCUGA